CUUCCUUUUCCUUCGAAGUGUCGCCUGCUCCCGUCCCCAUCCGUGGCUUUCGCAGACCAGGGACUAACUCUGAAUCAAUAGUGUUGGCAUACGUAAAUCGUCAUUCCUUGAAAACUCUCUGUGCCUUCGUGAUCCCUGUUGCGGCUCGCUAGGCUGAGGUGCCCAGAAACUAUUAAAUCCGGCGUCUGCUCUAUCCGACAAGGGUCAAAGCCAACGCUGAAAGUGUUGGCUUUGCUGGAGUUGGAAUAUCUCCGUCAAGGAAAUCAUGGAACAAGAAACAAGAAAAUCGAGCUGGAACGUGAGGAAGAUUUGUUGUAUAGGUGCUGGCUAUGUGGGCGGACCGACAUGUGCUGUUAUUGCAGCCAAAAACCCACACAUCCAAGUCACAGUUGUCGACUUGAGCCAGACCAGAAUUGACGCAUGGAAGUCGGACAAUCUUCCAAUCUACGAGCCUGGCCUUCAUGAGAUAGUCACGAACGCACGAGACGGCGACGACGCUGGCCGUCAGCCUAACCUGUUUUUCUCUACCAAUAUAGAGACAGCUAUCGCCGAGGCUGAUCUGAUAUUUGUUGCUGUCAACACGCCAACGAAAGGCACCGGAACGGGUGCAGGCCGUGCAUAUGAGCUGGGAUGGUUCGAGUCAGCAAUCCGCAAGGUCGCUGAGGUGGCGACGAGUGACAAGAUUAUCGUUGAGAAAAGCACGGUGCCAGUAAGAACGGCCGACAACGUCCGGGACGUCCUUUCGGCCAUUGCACGACCAGGCGUGCAUUUCGAGAUCUUGUCUAAUCCCGAGUUUCUUGCCGAGGGAACAGCAAUCCGCGACCUGCUGUCGCCAGAUCGCAUUCUGAUCGGCUCCUUGCAGACGCAGAGCGGCAUUGAGGCCGCCGAGGCUCUCGCCAACAUUUACGGCGCUUGGGUCCCUCGCCAGCGCAUCAUCACACUCAACACAUGGUCUUCUGAGCUCUCCAAGCUCGCCGCCAAUUGCUUGCUCGCGCAGCGGAUCAGCAGCAUCAACAGCCUGAGCGCACUGUGCGAGGCAACCGGUGCCGACAUCGACGAGAUUUCGUACGCGUGCGGACUGGAUUCGCGAAUCGGAUCCAAGAUGCUCAAAGCGUCCGUUGGAUUUGGCGGUUCGUGCUUCAAGAAGGAUGUCCUCUGCCUGGUCUACAUAGCCGAGUCGCUGCAUCUUCCCGAGGUGGCCGGAUACUGGAAGGGUGUGGUGGACAUUAACGAAUACCAAAAGGACCGAUUCACAAAGCGAAUUACUAGCCGUCUGUUCAACAGCUUGACGAACAAAAAGAUAGCAAUCUUGGGUUUCGCGUACAAAAAGAACACGGCCGACACGCGCGAAAGUGCCGCGAUCACGGUCAUGACUAAUUUGGCUGCCGAAGGUGCGAAGCUCAGCAUCUACGAUCCCAAGGUCAAAGAUGACCAGAUCUACCAGGACCUCGAGUUGGCGUGCACAUCUACUCAGGAGUACUGGCAGCUAAGGCCAAACGUGACCGUCUGCUCAGAUGUGUAUGCCGCAUGCGAAGGUGCACACGCCGUCGUCGUGUUGACAGAGUGGGACGAAUUUAGCAACAAACCGAGUGCAGGCUACAAUGGUCCAAGACUGGACUGGUCGCGCGUGUCGCGCUCAAUGCAAAGACCUAUGUUCGUCUUCGAUGGUCGCAACAUCAUAGACGCGACCGCGCUUGAAGAGCUCGGUUUUCGGGUAGAAUGCAUCGGAAAGCCUGGUUUUGCGGGUGUUAGCAGCGCACAUCCGAGUCCGAUCAUGGCUCCCAAGAGAAGCCAGUCUCCUCCAGAGUUCAAGAGGGUCAACACCGCAAGCAGCACAAGCUGGAGCACGCCACGGUGGGCGGGGAGCAGUGAUGAUGGUUCGCGAAGCAGCAGACGAGGAAGUGAAGGGGCGAGCAGUGGGAGCGGUGGACUCUUGUAAAAGUAGAGUAUUUUGAUACCCUUUCAUUUAUCUCUCGCUAAAGGGAGACGCCGAAGGUGCGAGCUUGAACGCAAAGCGGGCUGCACGUAGAGAAGACGUGCAGAGACACAUUUUACAGCUUUAUUUAGGACGCAGUCGAUAUUUAAUGAUGCGAUCAAUCAAUUUAGAGGCCAAAAUGUGAAAGUUGGAAACAUGC